AUGGCCACUACCGAUUCAACUAAAACACUAAAAAAAUUCAGAAAUAAAAAGUUAAUUACAGAUGGAAAUAAAGCACGGAAGAAGCAAAGUCCAAUAGAUAUUACAAAUGAAAUAACUGAUCAGGAUAGCAUGUUGAAAGCAUCGAAACUUCAAUUUUCCUAUACGAUCGGCGAUUUGAAAACAAUCGAAGUCACCGGCGAAGGUUUUUCAUGUAAAACUGAUAACGGAUGUACUUCAGAAUUAACUGCGUCACAUCUUCCGGAUGUUUACAAACUUUGGGAAUUCCACGCUCAUUGGGGAACAGAAAAAGAUUGCGGCAGUGAACAUUUAAUUAAUGGAAAAGGCUUUUCCGCCGAGCUACAUUUCGUUUUUUGGAACAAAAAAUAUAACGAAUUUAACAAAUGUUUAAACAAAUGUGAUGGAUUAACAGUUUUGGCUAUUUUUUUGCAAGAAGACUCAGUUGAUAAUGAAAAUUUCUCGCCAAUCAUCGAUGGUCUCAGCAGUUCAUUAGCCUGUUUAAGCCGUGUCAACUUGGAACCAAAUUUUGAUCCACUCAAAUUACUUCCAGUGAAGCACUCGUAUUAUACGUACGAGGGGUCACUGACCACGAAACCAUUUAAUGAGUGUGUCAUCUGGACAGUACUGAAACAUCCCAAUACCAUAAGUUUUAAACAGUUGGAAUUAUUACGACGAAUUGUCCCCAGAAAUUGUCGAUUUCAACAUCCGUUAAAUGAACGUAGAGUGAAGCGCUCAUUUAAAUUUAUUAAAAAAUCUCAAUGA